GUUAUAAAUUUUGUUAUUGAUUUUUUCCACAGUUUGAAUUUUUAGAUAUUUUCAGGAUGAUGAAUUUCGAAAAUUUUGAUAUUGCUAUUCCAAGUGAACAAGUUGUUGAAGAAGAACCAGCAGCAUUAUUAGCCUUACAACGUUUUUGGCAACCAAAUCGUCGUCAACAUAGCUCAUCAUUGUUUGAUGAACUUGAUGGCUAUAAAGAAUUUUUACCAAGUGCUUCUACUCCUGAGGAAGGUGAAACUUCUGCCAAGAGAACUACGGAACAAUCUUGUGUCUGUAGUGACCAAGAAAGUGACUGUGAACUGUGUGGAGAUGAAUUAGAAACACAGGAACAUCUCAAUCAAACUGUGUAUGAUGAGGUUCUUGCAAAAGAUCGAUCACCAGUAACACUUGAUGCAGGAGCAUUAGGUGAUAUUCCAGUGAAAUAUGUAGUACCACAUUUAGAACCACAUCAACUUCCAGUAAUUGGUGUAUAUAUUGAUCCACGUGUCAUUACUGGCUUCCGUUAUCGUGUCAAGCCAUUACAAGAUUUUUAUUCAUGUCCAAUUAAAGAAGCCGCUCUAUUCCAAGGAAGGGCACUUAAAUUAUUAAGUAUUGGACGUGGUUUUGCACGACGAUUCACAUUUGAAGCCGAUCCAAACUGUUUAAAUAAUAACGAGAAUUAUUUCUGGAGUGAUUCAAGACCAGAAGGUUUUUCAUUUGAAAUUGAAGCUGUAUCUCCUGGUGAUAAAUUCACCGCCUUAGAUGCUAAUCAUGAAGCACAAGGAACACUUGAUGUUAUUCAAAAUGAGGCUCCACAAAUUGAAAUAAGCAGUGUUGUAACUCCUGAAGGAGUUGAAAAGAAAGUAAAAGUGUCCUGCCUUUGCAAAGUUGAAUGGUAUGAAGAUAAUGGUGCCGCUAAAAUCUUACCAUUUACUGGAAUUGCCACAUACUUUAAGCCAAAAGGAAGCAACAGUGCAACAGUAUUACGUCUUACCAACGUCUCAAUUGGACGUAGCCGUAAAGGUUAUACAUUCCUUCCUGGUCAUCAACGCAGUGCACGACGUGUUAUUGUCAAAGGAGAAGACAUUAACGACAUUCCAACUAAGUACAUUAUUACUGGAUUAGAACGAUAUGAAUUACCAGUUUGUGGUACAUAUGUAGAUCCACGAGUAAUUCCUGGAUUCUAUUAUCGCGUACGACCAGCCUUAAGCAAACAUCAUUUAUUCAAUGGACGUGCUUUACGACUCAUCAGUAUUGGAUGUGGUUAUGCUAAACGAAUUACAUUCCAACCUGAUUCAUUACUUAACCCAGAAAAUUAUUUCUGGAGUGACUCACAUCCAGAUGGUUUAGGUUUUGAACCAAGGGCACUUCACGUUGGUAUGAAAUUCACAAUCCAUGCCGAUGGACAAGCUUUGGGUGAAGCAACAGUAUUUAGAGCAGAUUUUCCACAACGUGAAGAGAGCCAAAAAAUUGAAACAACAAAAGCGGGUAAAGCAAUUAUCACAAAAUAUAUCCAUGUUGAUGUAACCUGCCAUGUAAGAUUAGCUAUUAGUGGUGGAAAUGCCUCCGAUCAAGAAUACCAUUUAAUGCGAGUGUAUGGUUUAGCGGUAGUAAGAAAAGACCCAAGACAACCUGAAGCACAAGUAAUUCGAGUAGACAAUGUCGGUUUAGACUCACAAUUGAACCUUCUCUUCUUCCAUAAACAAACUGAAUUAACAUUCUACCCAUUAGAAGUUUAAAAUAUAAAAACGAAAUUUUUUCCUAAUGUGAUUUGCUUUAAAAUAUGAUGUUUGCAACAUACUUCUUACUGAUUCGACAUAAACAACGUAUUAAUUUCUGCGUAACUAUUGUGAUGAUUUAGUUUUAAAUUAUUUACGGUACGAUUUAGUUUUUUGUGACGUUGACGUUUUCGAAUGUCACUGAUAAUUUUGCAAAGAUCCAUCGUUGAAUGAGAAGGUGAAUAAAAAAAUGAAUACAUUAUAAGAUUUUAAAAAUUGAAUUUAAAUAUUUUAUGAAAUUGUUAAACAAAUAAAUGUAAGUCUGAUUAUAUACUCGUUAAAAGGAGAAAAGGCGGCUCCAUCAUCCCAGCAAAUGGGUUUAAUAAUUAUUUUUGUUCAGUAUUGAAAAUGAUUAUUUUUUUGAGUUUAUAUUUAUUAUUUUAAAUUUGUUGAGUUUUCGACAAACAAUUUUUUUUUUAAUUAAGUGAUAAGAAAAUGGUCCUAGACAAUUUUGAAAUACUUUUUUAUAUGUCAAAAUUUACUGUAAGAAAAUAA